AUGGAACUUGAGAACAGCACAAUUUUCAAAAUCUGGCGAUUUUCGGACUCUGCGACUAUGACUGUGUCCUUUGAGAAGCAUUUCUUUUACAUUCUUAACUUAAACAAUCGCGAAAGGGUCUCUGCAUACCUCGACACAAGGCCAUACAACCUAGAGGCAUCACGUGGCACAUCGUACUGUGAUGGGUUAUUCUGCUCCAUUGACGAAAGCGGAGCCUACUUUUUUUCUAACGUAAAGAAUGAAAUCGUUUAUAAAGGACAUUUCUGUUUGCCCGCCCUUCACGAUCCAUACAACAAAGGCUUGCCACAUUUCACCGACGUGAAAUUCAUCACCAACACCAUUGUUGGGGUUUCAACCGAUACCGGUGCGGUCAUGUUAUUGGAUGUGAAAAACUUUGAUGACCUUGCUUUGUUUGCUACAUAUGAUGUUGAGCCGAACCCAAUUAUUGCUUUCGAUUAUGAUGUCUGCUCACAGGUGUUGUACACGUUGGACAACAAUGGCUACUUUUUGGCUUCACUUUGUUGUUCGGACUCUCCAAAUAUCCGGUCGUAUUUAAUCAAAACGAAUAUCAAUGGGUUCUUCGAUACGAUAAUUAAAACCGUGAAAAUAGUGAAGGCUUUUCUUGGGUGUUAUUUGAUUAUCAAUGGAACCAUUCUUGAAAUAUCUUUGGACUCAACAACGCCAUACAAAUACAAAAUGACGGACGUUAUUGAUAUUAAACCAUUAAAGGGUACAUUCUAUGCCAUCACAUUAAAUGGACUUGCCUACUGUACAAGAAAAAAAAUCGAUCAGUGUUAUUACAUCACUGAAAAACUUCCAGAAAGCACAGUCUUCUUCCGCAAUGGCAUCUUCUUCCAACCAACUCAAGACCCAACAUCGGCUUCGUUUGGCGAGUUUCCAUCAAUGCCACAACCACCAAACGAUGAGACACAAGAUUACUUUGAUAUCAACACAACAAGAGGAACACUUUUUGAUGGGAAGAGCGUGGCUGCAAUGAGCUACAUCACUGAUUAUAAUGUUGUUGCCAUUUCAAAGGAAGGAGAUGUCAUCAGAUGUCCAUUGAAAAAGAAUCUUCAUGGACUCGAUCAAUUCAAAACAGACGGACAUUACAAAGUCAAUGUUGCACCAGCUGGUCGAAUUACAGUGGACACAACGGAAGCCUAUAGCAUACUAUCUGGUGGACAUGACGUUUUUCUCUUCCGAAAUGACACUUUUGAGGUGAUAAAAUGCGCGUAUAAUGUUGAAUUAAAUAAGAGAGGAGAGGUCACGUGUGUUUCAUGUCGGGGAGACGACAAAAAGUUUUCGUUUGGCACCACAAAUGGUUGUGUCUGCUGCUUUGAAUUGGACGGCCCGACGAAAGUGAUGUUUAAAAUGGCACACCCUGUUGUGGCUGUUGGAUUUAAUGGGAAUGCAGUGAUUGCGAUUGACGAGCAAGGUGUUGUUCAAACGACAGACUUUGCACGAGCACUCAAUUUGAAAGUUCAAAGCUGUCAAUUUUCAAGAGGAAAAAUGUUAAUAACAAUUGAGCAUAACGUGUUUGUCGUACAAAUCAGUGAUUUUUCUGUUUUAGCGCAGUGCUUUGUGGAAGGAGUUAUAGACGCUCGAUUUUCAGGUUGUACGGAAUACGUCAUUGCAGUAUCUCUCGAGAGAUGCAGUGUGUUUAGAACGAAAGGACUUAAGGAGGUCUUCACAUACUUUGGGUUGGAAGAGAAGAUUAAAUACUCAUAUAUCCUUUCUUUUGAAUCACUUGCAGUCUCACAUUUCAGCUUGUUGAGGUUCACUGUUAUAUUUGCUGAGCAGUUCUUUGUUACUAUCGACCCUAAAAACUUGAAACAACUUGAAGGUAAUUUAGAGUGA